GGCGAUCUGGGUUCGCGACUGCACGCCAUUUGUGCGGCUUUCGCCGUAACGCAUCUCACGGAUGUUACCACUAUCGCCGUGUGGCCCAACGACGAGCACAUGCCGCACAUCCGCUUCGCGGACCUCUUCGCCGUCGCGAAAAACAGCACCGGUCGGAGCAGCACGCGCAGAAGAAGGGAGCACGAGGAUUCACUGUGGGUGCGCAGCGUCUCCUGGCCGAUCGACCACUGGCGGGACCACCUCGAACCCACCAGGGAAACGGUGUCCGUCCCAGCGUGCAGCCACGGCGGGGCUGCGGGCGGGAUUCACAGCCAUGCUGCGGACAGCUUUGAGCUCUUCUUCUCUCCGGAGACGAACACGUGGCUGAAAUCGGACGCCAUGGAAGCGUGCGAGUACGAGCAGGCCGUGCAGGCGUGCCUCGCGUCGCUGCACCCGUCGCCAGCCGUCGCCGUGACGGUCGAGCGCGAGAACCUCAGUCGCAUUCGCGCGUCGCACGCCGUGCUCCCUGAGAACGGCCUCGAUUACAGUCCUUCCGGGUGCGUGCAGCAGCCGGGGGCAGCAGCGGGCACGUGCGGCAUGAGCCAACCCAGCAGCCCCUACCUCAUCACUCCCUCCCGCCCUUACUUGGACCACGAGGGGCGGGAGGGGGAGAACGAGGGGACGGAAACGGCGGAGGCGGCGGAGGGGGAGAGCGGGUACGACGCGCCGUUCCCCCUGAGAGCCACUGAGGCCCGCGCUUCCCGCUGCCGCGGGAAUACGAGGGGCGGGGGAGGAGGGCGCGCGGGGAAUGGGUCUUUGGCGGGCGGGCGGGUGGGCGCUAUGGGGGGUGAGGAUGAGCAUGGGGGGGCGGAGGUUGAUGGGGCGGUGCUGGGGAGUGUGGAUGGGGAUGCGCGAGAGGGUAGUGGAGGGGCGACGGUGGAUGAGCGGCUGGAAUGCACUCGCUUGGAGGUGCGUGUGGGUGGGAAGGAGGGUUUUAAGGCGGUAUUGGGACGACCGCCUCCCACUCGUGUCUUCCGCCUCCUCUUCAUCCUCUCCUUCCCGUCUCCCCCCAACUGGCAACUAUUCGCUCUCAUCCCCAUCUCCCUCUCCUCGUCCUUGCCCGGAUCCAUGAUUGCAAACGGCGUUCUUUGUACUGCUGCUCUCCCUCUUCCCCCCUUUGUCUUCCCCCGUUCCUCCCCCGAUUCCACCCAGCAGGCGGAGCUCUUUGCUUCUAGCUUCGCACACGGGCUGCUCGCCCCUCCGCCCGCCUUGCCCCUCUAUUGCCUCUUGGCGGAGCUCUUCGCUUUGAGCUUCGCGCACGGCCUGCGCGCCCCCUCGCCCGCCUCGCCCCUCGCCCGCUUCGUGGCAGCCCAGGGAAUGCAGCGCACCCGCGCCUUCCUGCUGCUGCCACCACCGCCACAAGCACUCCCCAGCUCGGCACAGACACACCCGGGCUCCAGGAGGCGAGAUGAUGGGGUCAUAGACGGGCAGGGGAUGAUUGCGAGCGAAGCUGGUGCUCAUGGUGACAGUCGAAGGCAGCUUCAGGACUCCUGGAGCUCUUCCCCUGAUUCUUCCUCCACUACUGAUUGGUCCUCGCCCACCCCUGACUCCACGUCCUCUUCUGAUUGGUCGAGCUCUCCUGACACAUCGUCUCAGUGGACAGCGCCAGCUGACACGUCAUCGGAUUGGACGGCGCCAUCCGACUCCUCUUCCUCAGACUACUCCUCCCCGUCGCCUGAUUGGUCCACCACGACCACGCCUUCUCCCCCUCCCCCUUCGGAUUGGUCCACUGACGCCGGGGCGUCAAACUCUGAUUGGGUAUCAAACAAUGACUGGCAGGCGCCUAGCAGCCCCUCUCCGCCGCCUUCUGAUUGGUCCGCUCCUUCCCCCCCGCCGCCUUCUGAUUCGACGGGAGACAGCUCGUCUUCUGGUAGCUGGUGGCCAUGGGGUGGCUCAGGUGAAAGCUCAGGUGAAACAACAAGCAGCGGGGACCAGACAGCAAGCCCACCUCCCCCAAGCCCACCGCCACCCAGCCCUCCCCCUCCUGCUGACACUUACACUGACCCAAGCACUCCGCCUGCUGACCCUGCAUCCACUGAUGCUCCUGCUGCUGAUACUUACACUGACCCAGGCUCUACGCCUGCUGACCCUGCAUCCACUAAUGCCCCUGCUGCUGAUACUAACUCCUACUCCGAUUCAGGCGCUGCUGAUGCUAACUCCUACUCUGAUUCAGGUGCUGCUGUGGACCCUGCGUGGGGCGCUGGAACUGACCCUAAUGCUGCUACCGCGGAUAACACUGCUGACAUUGCAGCUGCCACUGACGCGGCUGCGUCUUCAGGUGCUGCCGACGCCUCAGGUACUUCUACAGGUGCUGCCGACGCCUCAGGUGCUUCUUCAGGCGCGGCUGACUCCUCAGGUGCUUCUUCAGGUGCUACCGACGCCUCAGGUGCUUCCUCAGGUAUCGACGGUUCCGUCUCCUUUGUGUCGGACGGGGGAGGUGACCCUAGCAGCAGUGACAGUAGCGGAGGUGACAGUAGCGGUGGUGACAGCAGCAAUGAAGACGGUCCUCUAACGAGCAACCCAUCGUACGGUGCCACGAUGGGCGGGGACGAAGCAAUGGAUUCGACCACGUGCAACAUAUACGAGGGCGAGUGGGUGUGGGACGAGGCCAACCGCCCUGCAUACAACAUGGAAUCUUGUCCCUUCAUCAAUUCUGUGUCGCCCACAACCAACUGUCUCAGACAGAAGUACGGCCGGCAGGACCAGUCAUGGAUGCACUACUCGUGGAAGCCAAAGCAGUGUGGCGGUGACAUCCUUCGCUUCCAAGCAGCCAACUUCGCCCAGAAGAUGCAAAACAAGGUGAUAGCUCUGGUUGGCGACUCUUUGAUUACAGACGGCUUCAUGCCCUCGCUGCUUUGCCAGCUGGCGCAGGUGGGCACGGUGAGCCGCGUGGAGGGCAGUGCGCUGGGCAGCUUCGUGUGGCGCCUGGACUCACAUAACUUAACCGUCGCCAACUACUGUAGCCCCUUCCUCAUGUGGACCUCCGCCAACCCCGUGGUCAUCCGCAAGUUGAGGGUGCAGGACCCAGGGCUGGGAGACACAGCAGUGAACCUGGGCGCGUUUGACCCGCAGUGGUUCGACCAGGUGCAGACAAUGGACCUCAUCGUCUUCCAGUCCGCCACUCACUGGCCGCACGCUGAGAGGUGGCUCAGGCGCUUCUUUGUGGACCGCAAGUGGCACCGCCUCGACCCCGAGCCCGACACUAUGACCGCAUACAAGCAAGCACUGAAUAAGCUGGGCAAGUCGUUCAACGCCGGCAACAGCAAGCGCUGGGACCUGCCUGUGCCCUACUUCCUCUCCGCUCCUCCCCGCCUCGUUAACUGCCAGGGCUCCUACGCCCCUGCCAACAGGUCCACGUACGAGCACAUGGUCCGCGGGAACCCUCAGAGCCGCAAGUGGUUCCCCGCACAGCGGGACGUUCUGAGUCCCAGCAAGAACAUUCGCUUUGUGGACAUCACACACCCGUCGCUGUACAGAGGCGAUGCCAUGCUGGCGUCUCAGUCCCCUGAUAGCAGGGACUGCCUGCACCCGUGCCUGCCCGGGCUUCCUGACAUCUGGGUCGACCUGUUCUAUGAAGUCUGGAAGGCUGACCCGGAGUUUAACAGCUGA